ACGGAAAUUGUGUUGUUUACAUUGUUAGCAUUUCUGCUAUCUGCCUAAGCUAACAGUUAGGAAGCUAACAUGCAGCAGGUGGAUGUUCUCCCGCUCAGGUUUAACGACAACUCUUAGCUUUUUAAGGUUAUCCAAAUCUUUUCAUUCAUGUCGAGUUGUUACAUCAAACCGUUUGUGUGACGUGGCCCCGGUGCUUCGCCGUCCGUUAACCGUUCUGUCCCGGUGCGGACUGCCUCCUCUGUCCGGGGCUCACCGGGUAACAAGUUACUCCACAAACAGACAAAUGCCCAAAAAAGAGAAAGCGGUGAAAGGACAGCGGGCUGCCACUGGAGCAGCAGAGGUAGAAGCUUCCUGUCCGGUAUCUCGAGGCAAAAGUGGAGCUGUUACCAUCACGGUGCAUGCUAAGCCUGGCUCCAAACAGAGCGGCAUCACAGAAGUUUCUGCAGAGGCGGUGGCGGUUGCCAUCGCAGCACCUCCGACAGACGGAGAAGCCAACACUGAGCUCAUCCGUUUCCUGGCUGAAGUUCUGGACCUGAAGAAAAGUCACAUAUCUCUUGACAAGGGCUCCAGAUCCAGAGACAAACUCAUCAGAGUGGACUCCUCUCUCAGUCCAGAGGAGGUGCUGAGGAGGCUCAGACAGGCUGCAGGCUGAUAGGAGAGAUGGAGGAGGUGGAUGGAGGCUGAAACAUGCUGCAGAACCACAGGAGAGCCGAGGAAUGAGCAGGGCUUCACAGCUGGACCAGUAUGGCUACUGGGACACCUGGAAAAACCAGGACAUCACCAUGAAAAAUAAGUGAUCCACCUAUAAACCACCAGUAAACAGGAGGCGUUUCCAUCUCUGGACCUGCUGGAGCUUCAGGACAGAUGUGACUGGAUAUGAUGUUUACAUGUUGUGAUGUAUAGAAUGACUCAUGUAAAGUUAUUUUAUUUGAUUGUCAUUUUGGAUGAUCUACUGGCUUAAAUAAACAAAUUAUGUAUCUGUAUGAA